UUAGUUCAAUUUUCACUUGGUCCGUUGCUGUGCAAAUCUGAAUCUUGCAGCAAGUGCUUGAAUAUCCAUACAAGAAGUGCCUUUCAGGACUAAGGUAGAAAUUCGUGAAGACCAGACCACCAUCCAAAUGCAAUUGGUAAAACACCAUUUGCAAUAGUUCAAUUCAAGUUAGGUAAGCCUAAUUUUUCAAACAAGUGGUUUGGUUAGCAGACUACACUGGAUUAGUUAAAAAGCUACUACUCCACUCAUUUCAUGCCGUAUAUGUAGCGCUCUUCGCUCAAGAAUCUAUGUAUCUGCCAACACAAGAAUCUAAAAUGGCAGAAAGACAACCUUCCAAGUGCGAGAGGAAGAGAGAGAGGCAGCCCAUUUCUGUUCCAUUCAUAUGGGAAGAAAAACCGGGUAUGCCCAAGAAAGACUGGAAACCCACAGCCCGACCAAUUAAGCCUGCUGCACCACCUGUGAAGCUCGUUGUGUCGGUCCCUUUUGGAUGGGAAGAAAAGCCCGGGAAACCACUCCCGUCCUUAUUAAACACUCCGCCAGAACCUACAUUUGCACCCCCACCAAAGCAGAACAUCAUCAUUCCACCACCUGCUACAUACUCAGACCAUGAUUAUGGAAACUGGAGUGUUAUCAAUGGUCAAGGUGAUAAUGAAGAAGAUGGAUCAUCAGACUCGGAGCUCGACACACAUAGUUUUGAAACUGAUUCGUUCAGCUCAGCAAAGUCUCUCCUAGCCAAUGGUCUGGUAUCAACCACCGAACUUUCAGGGGCUGCUCCUGUGCAGCAAACUUACGUUGCACUGGAGAGUACAAACAGUGGGGAAUUGCAGAGUCCUGGUUCACCAGCUUCUGAAGCCGAAAGUACUGCUAGCAGUUACGCCACGGGAACCACAAGUUUGGUCGGGGCUUCUUUCUUGGAGUGGCUUUUUCCUCUACUAGUGCCAAGUUCAAGUUUGCCCGACAAGGUUGAACACAUGGAAAAGGAACCUUCUCAUCAAGCAUAUGUACAAGGUAAAGAAGUCCUGCGUGAAAGCAACUGCAGUCAGGUAACACGGCCACUGCUGACACUUGAAGAGCUGAUAGUGAUGAGCCGCAGAAGAAGUUGCCAGAAAAAAAUUGCAAAAAUGCAUAAACAGCCAUCCAUGGAUUUUAUGAGGAGAAACACCUUUGGUUGUGGCAUCAUUGGAAGUGGCAAUUUCAUCAGAGGAUUGCACAUGAAGUGGAAGAGACAACUGCAAUUAAAACUAAUGUAAAAAGUUUGCCUUCUGGCAAUAGUUAUAUGCAAAACUGGAAAAAAGAAACACCCUGUCGCAGCUUUCAGUUCUUAAACGUUCAUGUUCUAGUAUUAUAAGUUUUCUGAUGCAAGACAAG